AUGGAAGGAAACAAAUAUAAUAAAAGGAAAAAUGAAGCUGAAGGAAGAGAAAAAAAGAAGGCAAGAAGAGAUGAAAUUUUCCAUUUGCUAGAAAAGAACACUGAUUUGAAACCAAAAUUGAUUUUAUCACAAAAGGAAAGAUAUAAAUCGAAAAAUAAAGAGACAAUUACCAAUUUGCGGAAAAAUGAAUCAUAUAGAACUCAUGAAAUAGAAGUGGAUCUGAAACGAAAAUUGAAAUUAACUCAAACUGAAGAAUAUAGAUCACAGAAAAAGAAAAAAAUUGCCUUAUUAAGAGAAGAUGAAGCUUACAGAUCUCAUGAGAAGGAAUUAGGAAAAGAACAUAAAAUAAUACUAAGACAAGAUGACACUUUUAAAUCACAUGAAAAAGAAAGAGAUCGAAAACAUAAAAUCAUACUUAGGCAAGAUGAUGAAUAUAGAUCUAAUGAAAGAAAAAUUGAUAAGGAAUCGAAAGUACUUUUGAGAAGUGAUGAUGUAUAUAGAGCUCUCGAAAAACAGAAAGACAAAGAAAAGAAGAAGGCAUUGAGAACAAAUGAAAAAUAUCGUUCUAAACAAAAGGAUUCACAGAAAAUAUAUCAAUCUCAGUUGAGAGAAAGUGAUGAGUUCCUAAUUAAGAAAAAAAUAGCAAUACAAGAUAAAAGAAAUGAUGAAUUUUAUCAUUCACAAGAAAAGGAAAAAAAUAAAAUAAGAACUCAAGUGUCAAGAGCCAUAGAAAAUCCUUAUGCUUGCUUAUGUUAUAUAAUAAAUUACAUCAAUAAAUCAGACAGAGGUGUUUCUGCUCUAAUGCAGGCUGCAAUGGUUGAAAUUCAGAAGGGUAACAUGACCGUGAAAGAGCAGUUGAAGAAAAUUGGAAAUGUUUUCAUUAAUGCAAGUGAGGUGUCAGCACAGGAAGCAGCAUAUAAUAUUUUAGGAAUGAGUUUAUCAGUAACAAGUACCAAUUUUGUAUAUAUCAAUACUAGACCUUCCAACGAAAGAGUUAGGAUGUUGAAAUCUAAGCAGGAUUUAGUUAAAAUGGAUUCAAACGAUAGAGACAUAUUCAAAGCGGGUGUUAUAGAAAAUUACAUUCAACGUCCAGAUAUUUUAGAAAAGAUUUGCUUGGCUGAAUUUGCUGCUUAUUAUAGUUGUAAAAGAAAAGUUGAAAAUUCAAAAAACGAAUUAAAAUUAGAAGAUGGAAGUGGGGUUCUAACAAAGAAAAAGUUUCCCAAUAUAAUUAGUUAUUGUUCUUAUGGUUUUUUACAGAAUCCUAUCGAUUUUUAUAGGGAACAAAUAAUGUUAUAUCAUCCAUGGCGAGAUGAGGUAAAAGAUAUAGAAAAUGUUGAUCAAAUGGAAAUUUAUCAAGCUGCAAUUGAAACAAUUGAUGAUAAUCGAACAAAAUUUGAUAAAAUUAAUCAACAAGUAUUAGAUGAAGCGUCAAAGGCAGCCGAAGAAAAAUAUAAACACCUGUACCAACAUGUAUUGGAUGACAAUUUUGAUGAAGAAUAUAUACCGUAUGCUUCAGAUGCACCUAAUUUCAAUCCGUUGCAAUUUUUAGAUGGUCCUCAAAAAAAUGUGGAAAAACAGCAAACUACUUUUCCAACUCCCAUAGAAAUUGAAAAUCGAGAAUACAUUGAUAUAAUUUCAACAUUAAAUUCUAAACAGUAUGAAUAUCUCAAUCAUGUUUUGGACAAUAUCAUAAAUGGUAAAGUUAUAUAUAAUUUAGUAUGUGGUGGUGCAGGUGUUGGUAAGAGUAGACUCAUAACAGCCAUACAACAAUCUGUAAUUCGUUAUUAUAAUUCUAUACCAGGUAAUGAUCCAGAAACAAUAAAAGUGUUAUUGACUGCCCCCACUGGAAAAGCUGCGUGCGGAAUAGGCGGAAUAACUUUACAUUCAACAUUUGCUUUACCAGUGAAUCAAUAUAACAAAGAAUUGAUACCGUUGAAUCAAGAUACUGUAAACACUAUUCAUUCUAAUUUGUUUUAUUUGAAAUUAUUAAUAAUAGAUGAAUUUUCUAUGGUAGGUACGAGAAUGUUCCAUCAUGUUCAUGAACGACUGAAACAAAUCUAUAAAACCAAAAAAGAUUUCGGUGGUAUAUCAGUCAUAUUGUUUGGUGAUUUGAGACAAUUGGCUCCCGUGGGGGAUAGUUGGAUUUUCACUCCGUAUAAAGGUAAUCACUAUAGCGCUAUAUGUGGUACCCUAUUAUGGGAUAACUUCAAAUAUUUCGAACUCACUGAAAUUAUGAGACAGAGAGAUGAUAAAUUAUUUGCACUAGCGUUGAAUAAUAUGGCGAUGGGUGAAAUGACAAUGAAAGAUAUUGAUUUGGUUUGUUCGAGAAAAUAUUCAAAUGAUAUUUUAGAUACUUUACCUCCAACUAUUGUUCAUCUUUUUAAAAGUAAUGCUGAAGUAGAUGCUUUCAAUACGAAAAAAUUGUCAGAAUACAAAACGGAAUCAUUCGUUUCAAUAGCUAAAGAUGUUGUCAAAGGUCAAUGCUCGGAAAAAGUGAGAGAAAUGAUGCUUAAACAAGCCAGAUCUAUGAAAAAGUCAGAUUGUUUUGGUCUCGCUCAGGAAUUACUUUUGCAAAUUGAUGCUAAAUAUAUGAUAACUGUGAACUUGAACACACUGGACGGUAUUGUCAAUGGCGCUUCUUGCAUUUUACGUCAUGUAGAAAAAGAUGAAUCAGAAAUUCCUCAAUACGUUUGGAUCGAAUUUAUCGAUGACAAAUCAGAAUCGAUGAUGUAUCCAAAAAUUAAUGCACAUAAACGGCAUUGCCAGCCCGAAUAG